AUGCUCGAUCUUCCAACCUCCAGCUCACAACAACCCAACAUGCCAGGUCUCACAACUGGUGUUAUAGCAUCACCAGCUCCUACUCUCAAGUAUGACGGGUUAAGGAAGUUUACCAACACGUUGAAAGCACACCUAUCGGAAGGGACCAAUAUUCUCGAGUUUUCUGAAGUUACCAAGGACGACUUUUCUGUUCUAUCGUCAAGCAAAGCCCGACCGUUCAAAUCGGUCAAAUACGCAUACAACUCCCUGUUGAGAACGUUGACGUGUAGGUUGCCGAAAACGCCCCACGUGGAUGUAACUGGGCAAUUCAGACGUCUGAUCGAGCGACAACUGAUGCUGAUGGGGGUUGAUCGCGAGGUCGCAAAUCAGUCUUCUCCCCUUACACAGAUAGGAUGCUGGACGAAGGAACCGGACACUUGCUGGAUCCCUAGAGACACCGAUACGCCAUCUGUUGUACUUGAAACCGGCGCAUCAGAGACUGCCGCACACCUCGCAUAUUCUGCUCGAGGAUGGCUUGAAACUCCUGGGUCAACUGUGCUAGCCUGUAUCACCAUUGAAAUUGGCCAGGGUAAUGAAUUGAAUAUCGACGUCUGGAGACAAGGCCUCAGAAGACAUGGUAUGGUGACAAGGUAUAGAAAUGUUCCUGCCGUACAACAACAGCACAUCACAAUCAAGGACGAUCCCGCAGGCCCGCAAAUCGAAGGAUGGAAACUCGAUGAUGACCUAGGGGUGGUGAAUACCACCGAGCUUCUAUUCGACUUCUCAAUGUUUACUAAACGCCCCCCGGAAAAUGACCUGGAGCACGACAUUGUACUCAAAUAUGAUAUACUUAAUCAGUUGGGUGCCACAUUCUUCCACAACCAGCACCGGCGUGCCCUGACCUUGAACUCCCCUGAAACUUGA